AUGGGUGAGGCUGCUUAUGGUUCGGCAACACCUGCAGGUAUCAUGACGAUUCUUCAAGAAAACAAGAUUGAAAUCGCUGGCAAGCAUGCAGUUGUGGUGGGGCGUUCGGCUAUUUUAGGUAAGCCGAUGGCAAUGAUGCUACUUCAAGCCAAUGCAACAGCUGAUAUAGUUGUCGGUGCAGUCGGUAAAGCUGAAUUAAUCCAAAAAGACUGGAUUAAGCAAGGUGCUGUUGUGGUUGAUGCUGGAUUCCAUCCUCGUGACGGUGGUGGUGUGGGUGAUAUCCAAUUGGUCGGUAUUGAAGAUGUCGCUUCAGCUUAUACACCAGUUCCAGGUGGUGUAGGUCCGAUGACGAUCACAACGUUGAUUCGUCAAACUGUAGAAGCUGCUGAAAAAGCGUUAGCUUAA